AUGGGUCUUAAAGAUUUACAAACAUUACGCUUUUUUCUCAAACCGCAAAAUAUUUUGCUUGCUUUGACAGUCGGCUCGGUGAUCGUCGGCUGUUUUUUGGGUUUUUUCCUCAGGUACGCAAAACCGAGCCCGAACGCGAUUCGGUACAUUGGUUUCCCCGGCGAACUCUUCAUGAACAUGCUCAAGUGCAUGAUUUUACCGCUAAUCGCGAGCAGUUUGAUCACAAGUCUCGCUUCAUUGGACGGGAAAACCUCGGGAAAAGUGGGUUCGCGCGCGAUUCUCUACUACAUUCUCACCACAACGCAUGCCGUCAUUCUAGGAGUUGUUCUUGUAAUGCUGAUACAUCCCGGGAAUCCAAAGCUGAAAAGUGACUAUAGCGGACCAAAGGAAGAGGUGGAAAAAGAGGACGCGACUGCAACGGACAAAUUCUUGGAUUUGAUUAGAAAUAUGUUUCCGGAGAAUUUGAUUCAAACAAUGUUCGAACAACAGAAAACCGUUUACAAGGAAAGCUUUGACGCGAAUGGAACGGUGCUCAAGAAAACGCCAACAGUUGUGUACACGCCAGGGAUGAAUGUGUUGGGUUUAAUCAUUUUCUGUAUCGUGUUCGGCAUCGUGAUCUCUCGAGUGGGUGCUGCUGGUCGUCCACUUCGUGAUCUCUUCAAAGCGAUCGACUUGGUGAUUACCAAAAUGGUCACCAUCAUCAUGUGGAUUGGUCCAAUCGGUAUCGCGUCAUUAAUCGCCUCGAAAAUCCUUGGCAUCUCCGACCUAGGUGGAACAGUGAAAAUGCUCGGCUUGUAUAUGUUAACGGUGAUUAUCGGUCUUCUCAUCCAAGCUUUCGUCACUCUGCCAGCGAUUUUCUUCAUCGCCACUCGCUCGAAUCCGUUUCCAUUUCUGAAAGGAUUGAGUCAAGCUGUGCUCACCGCUUUGGGCACCUCGUCCAGUGCUGCCACCCUUCCGAUCACAUUUCGUUGCCUAAACGAGAUCGGGAUCGACGAGAGAAUCACGAAAUUCGUUCUCCCACUUGGAUCCAUGGUGAACAUGGACGGUACCGCUCUUUACGAGGCGGUGGCCUCAAUUUUCAUCGCACAAAUGAACGGCUUGGAUAUGGGAAUCGGACAUGUGAUCACAGUGAGCAUCACCGCCACACUUGCCUCGAUUGGCGCCGCGUCGAUCCCCUCCGCCGGUCUCGUCACAAUGAUGAUCGUUUUGACGGCGCUAGACCUUCCCAUUGAUGAUAUUUCGCUAAUCAUUGCUGUUGAUUGGUUACUUGACCGCUUACGAACAUCGGUGAAUGUGAUCGGUGAUGCUUUCGGGUGCGGUUUUGUGUAUCAUUUGUGCAAAAAGGAUCUCGACGCACUAAAAAUGGACGAACUUGAGAAUUCGGAGAUCGACGAAAUGCUCAAACAGCAUGGUGUCAACGUCGAGGAAUUCCACGGCGCCCAAAAUCUCCAACGAAAAACAACAGCUGAAAGUGAUUGCACAAGUAAAGCCACCAAACAAACGGAAAUCGUU